AUUGAGAGAGGGAGAAUCGGAGAGCGGGUCUGGCGUCUCCGGCAUUAUACGGUGCUUUGCUGCUCUGCCACUGCCAUCGAGAGAAUCAUGGAGUUUGCCGCCCAAGAACUCCAUGAGGAAUCCACGACGCGCCGGAUGGAGAAGCGGCUCAAUGCGAUCGUGGAGAAGAAGCAGCCCGCUCGUCUGGGAGCUGGAUGGGGAAGAAGGUUUGGAUUCACUCUCUACAACGUGUGGUGGCUCGUGAUAUUCCCCGUCAAUCUUGCCAUCGUCGCGGCCCUCUUCUCGAUCGAUGAGGACGACCUUCGCGUCAAUCGCGCGGAGCUGGCCACCGCCAUGGCGCUUGUGAAUCUCCUGGCGGUAGCGGCGAUCCGCGACGGCACGGUGCUGCUGCUGCUUUACAAGAUCGUCGUCCGGAUCCCAUGGAAGAAAUACUUCUUUAAUCGAAUGCUCCACUGCAAUGGCGGCAUCCACACGGGCUGCGCGAUCAUGCUUCUCGUGUGGACGACCAUCGCUUUGAUCCUCCCCAUCGCCAAUCGCGGCGAUCAUGGCCACAUUGCCGAUGGAAUCGACGCCGCGAACGUCGCAAUGCUGGCCGUGCUCGUCGCCGGUCUCUCGAUCAUGACGAUCCUGGCAAUGCCGAUCGUUAGGGUCCGGCACCACAAUCUCUUCGAGAGAGUCCACAGAUACCUGGGCUGGUCACUCCUUCUCCUCCUCACGGCGAUCUUGCUCAGGAAAUUCUUCCAUUCUCGCUGGAAUCUGUCAGGAAUUGCUAUCGCCAGCGCUACGAUCGCCAUAGCCUGUCUCCUUCUCGUGUUCUACUCGUGGUUCUUGAUCGAGCGCCAGAGCGUCCAUGUCCGCGUUGGCAGGCAGGGAAAUAUUUUGAUCGUCCGCCUCCACGGCAAGGCCCGCCCCGGCGCCUUCGCCAAGAUCUCCUUCAAUCUCACAGAGUGGCACGCAUUCUCGGUGGCUUUCAGCGAUCGAGAGAAUCGCGCCUACGGCCUGGUUGUGGGAGUGGCGGGAGAUUGGACACAAAACCUUGCGCAGCGCUGCCUUAAUCGCUUGGAUAGAUCCGUGAGCAAGAACCGGGCGCAGGUCGUGGACGAAUUCUUCACGGCACCGCCGGAUCUGGAAGCUCCUCCAUCCACAAAAUCCUCCUCGGGAGAGACGACGAUCAAGGCCUUCAUCCGGUGGCACCGCCCGCUAGGGUUUAUGUACUCUGUCUAUGCCUACAAGAGAGUGAUCUGCGUGGGCACUGGGGCUGGAAUUGCCCCAAUCCUCCCACACAUUGGCAGCGAUCGCGUCGCCAUUCACGUCGUCUGGAUCGCCAAGAAGCACCGGGGAAUCUACGGGGACGAGAUCUGUGAUCGCGUAUUCCAACAUUCCCACACGAUCUACGACACCGCGGAGAUGGGGCGGCCUAAGCCGGAGAUCGCAUUGGCGAGCUACGAGGAGUUUAGGGCAGAGGCCAUCUUUGUGGUGUCCAACGCGAAGUUCACGGAGGCCGUUCGCGACGUGUGCAAGACAAAGAAGAUCGUGGCAUUUGGAGCAGUGUUUGAUUCAUAGACAGGAAAUGAAAGCUGGGAAUUCACAUUCUCGAACGGAGAGUCCCACCCCAAGCUCUUGAACAUGGUUUGUUAUUUCUGA